CAGCCAUUAUUCAUCAGAUGCUGGAGCCAAGUGAGAAGAUAUUGUCCAAUCAAAAUAAAGAGAAGAACUUUCUGCUUCUGCAACAUUGCACGAAGAAAAUUGUUCAAGAUUCUUAAGUCAAUACAUGACACUCAAAGCAAAUGGCAGCCACUCACAGCUGAAAACCUUGACCAACAGACAAAGACAUGCAUCAUGCUUAUAAAGAAUGAAGCUUGUGCAACAAUGAAUUGCAGCCAGUUGGAGUAUGCUUUGGUAGGUAGCUCUGCUGAGGGUCUGGGAAAGUCAUAUGUACUAGAUCUCAAGAACAGUUACCGAGAUCAAUGGUGUCGUUUUCUGUUACGGUUCUUCUGUUGCUGCCUUCCAUGUAAUACUUCAUUCUCAUGCCUACAUACAGACAUAGAUAUCAUUGUGAAAUACAAUAACAAACAAUUGAAACCUGAAGGAAAUUCAGUAGAACGAUUGAGAUUUCAGAGUAAAAGGCUUUCAACAGAUACUUUCUCCAGUCUGUUUAACCUUGAGGAAAAUGUUAAUGCCCCUGGGUUUGCUAAAAUUGUCCUGAAUACAAAAAUUUCAAGAACACUUGCUGCUCCAUGGAUGACGUUCUGUGUUUCUUCUGAUAGGACUUAUCUUUCAUCAUCUAUGAUCAGAAAAGCAGUGUUUGACUCAGUGAACUCUGUAGAUGAAAAAAAUCUACCUGCUUCACGCAUAUUUGGACCUUUUAAACAUCCUCCCUACAUACAACUGGAAACAAAAGGCCCAGCAGUAAAACUGACUCUGUCCCCAAUAGGGCAAGCAUGGUACUGGAACGAAAAUCAAAAAUUUGUUAUCUUUGAGGCCGAUCUUGUCUUUGGAAUUCAUUGUCAUCAAAAAUGGCCACAAUGUGCACAGAACUGGUGUAAUAGACAGCGUCUCUGGCCUUCUGCUGCAGAUGUUGAAUACCUAUCGAAAAGUGGAUAUGUGCUGGUUGCAAAGUCACCCAAAACAUCACAAGAGAAUGACCUUGAAUGGCUGGUGUCUUUCCCCCACUGCGAGACCUACCUUGGUCAACAUGUACCACAAGUAGCAAAAGCUUGUUAUCUUGCCUUGAAAAUUAUCCUUAAAGACCAUCUUAUGUACGUUUGUAAGUGCCUCAAAACAUACCAGCUUAAAUCUGUGCUCUUCUGGGAACUGGAAAAACAUCCAGUGGAAUUCUGGGAAAUGGACAACAUUGAAGAAUGUUUUCUGUGUUUGUUUGACUCUUUUCAAGAUUGUGUAAAGAGAAAAAACUGUCCUAGUUAUUGGAUAGAGAACCAUAAUUUGUUACAUGACUGUGAUGAUCAUGAGAUAACAGAACUCUUGUUUGUCCUUAAAAGGAUCAGAUCAAAUCCUGCACCAUAUAUUGAAGAUGUUGGCAGCAUGUGGUGUUAA